AUGUCGCAGUUGUACUGGCACGCCUCCACCAGCUCCCACAAUGGGAUGGCCAUCUCCGCUCCGACCUCUCCCGUUUCCCUCUCCCACUCGCUGUCGCCCCCGGACUCGACAUCCUCCUUAUCGACUCUCUCCUCUUCCUCCGGCUCCUCGUACGCUGGCUCACGCUCUGCCUCGCCUACCUCCCCACAGCUGCCGAACAAAACCGACAACGAGCGUGAGGCGUGGUCUGCCCUACAAAAUACUCAAACCGGUGAUGUCCUCCGCUCCGUCCUCCGUGUUCGCAAAACCUGGAAGACAGCCCGCGGUGGAGAGACCGUGUGGCCGCUCGACCUCGAGUCGGCCUUAUUAGAAGGCCUCGAGCGGUAUGUCCCCGACGACUCUCGAGAAACACGAAUGCUUGGGCGUUUCCCCCGCCGCAAUCGGUUUAUUUCGGAUUAUAUUUUGCGCAAGACCGGCAAGCACCGUACCCCUAAACAAGUCGGCAGCCGCUUACAACAGCUUCGCGAGUCCUGUGGCGGCAAGAAGCUCCUGCAUUUGCUUUCCCCAUUCCGUGAGCCACCGCCUUCGCCAGGCUCCGAUGCAGGAAGCUCCUUGGGUUCGCCUACCCCAAGCCCUUGUUCUUUCCUUGACCAAGCUACCGCUCCCCAUACGACGAUGUAUAUCGACAUCGUCCCCAGUCACCUUGCGGUCCCAUCGACAGCUUCUCUUGCAUUGCCUGAUGCGCAAUCCUCUUUCCAUGCCUCACCUUAUCCACGCCGCAUUUCCCAAAUCAAUCCUCUCAGCACGUUUACUUCUCCCGCCCCACUUUCGGCUCAUGCUAGAUUCUCCGUCCUUUCUGAAUCAGCUGGUCUUGUACUACAUGCUGAGACCGUCCCGCUCGAGCUCCUGGCCGAUGCGCCAGAGUCUGGAGAUGUCUUUGCUGCUGGGCUGUAUUAUUACAGUGCCAAAAUUGUCCCGCGCUACUGGAACGUCAUUGUCGAUAGUCCAGACCCCACUCGCUUCACGAUCUUCCAAGAGAUCGUCAAGGAUGACAGCGCAGCCCCGCGAGUCAGGCUUUCGCUCGACGAUGACGGGCACGGUCGGUGCCGGGUGGGGGCUCCACUGACAUACCCACUGAUUUUUCUGAUUGUUCUCGAAUUCGAAUGCACUAAAAUGUACCAUAUCUGUAUCAGCCGUCUCGUCGACCGUCAUCCAUCUUCAAUAUCAACCUCGCGCAUCCUGCAUGUUUUUCUCUUUUGUCUGGCACAUUGCUUUCUAGUUUCGUCUACUUUAUUGCCUGCUCAUUGCCUACUGCUAUGGUACCUCCGCCCCCACUUUGAAAAUAUGCUACACACCCUUCCGUUCUAUGCAUACGCUUCUAGUCUCACUAUUCGAAUGUAG